CAUAUAUAGCUGUGGGACAGAUUCCUUUGACAUUGCGCUGGUCGAGGAGGGACAAUUUCAAAGUGUUACAAAACAGGGGAAAAUAAUUGAGAAAACAAAUUGUUCCCCGCGUCUUGGCUGCAAUAAUAUCUUAUUGUAGCUUACGUUAGGGGAAUCAUGUAUCGGCGAGUUUUUCAGUCCAGCAUUAGAAGUAUUAGAAACGUCUCAGCAUCCAAAGCCACAUUUGGAAAGGCAGUGGAACUAGAGGCAUGUGCAUCACGAGCUUUAGCGAUCUCCCCCUCCAGCCCCUCUCAGACACAGUGCCGGACACUACACAGCACCGGAAAGCUCUGCUCCGUUAAAGAAACCCCACAGGCCACAGAGGAGGAAGUGGGGGCCUUCACCAAGCUCAUCGAGGCCAUGGGCUUCACCGGACCCCUCAAAUACAACAAAUGGAAAAUUAAGAUUGCUGCCUUGCGUAUGUACACAUGCUGCGUCGAGAGAAUCAAUUAUGAUGACUUCUUUGAAAAAUGUUCCCUCCCAGACACGCUGAACUCCUGGUUCCUGGUGGCGCAGCUCCACGUGUGGAUGUGUCUGGUGAGGAUGAGGCAGGAGGGUCGCGAAGGGAAGUAUAUGUGUCGCUACAUCGUCCACUCCAUGUGGGAAGAUGUGGAACAGAGGAGCAAAAUCAUGGGGAUCGAUGCCGUCCAGCGCAAGGAGAGCAUGAGGUCCAUGACGGAGACUUUCUACGCUGCUAUUUUUGGAUACGAUGAGGGAGUCCUGUCUGAUGAUUGCGUGUUGGCAGCGGCGCUGUGGAGGAACCUGUUUAACCGGCAGUGUGAGGACCCCAGACAGCUGGAGCUGUUGGUGGAGUAUAUCCGAAAACAGAUGCAGUUCAUCGACGCUCUGGAUGGGGACGACCUGCUGCUCACCGGAGAGGUGAAGUGGCGCCCCCUGCUGGAAGAAAAUGCCCAGAGCAUCCUGAAGGUCCCCACUCCCACUUAUAACGACACGGGGCUCUGAGACUCUCGCCGCUGUGUUGGACAUUCUGUGAACAGGGUAGACAUCAGGACCUGUUCCCCUCCUGAUCUCCCCUCUCUCUCUCCCCCCCCACCCCCCCUCCCUCACCCUGCCCCCCCUCCUCAUCACUCGCGCGACUGGCAGGGAAAACCGUCGGCCUCAUUUCCCCUCAUCUCUUGAGAGCAAGAAGAUAACAUUUUUGGGAUUUUGCACUUUUCCUGUUUGAGCACUCAGAAAGGACUUUCGGUAUUUAUGUUUUUUCUGCUUUGCAGGUGCCACGAUAUUUAUGGACGUUCACACAGCCCGUUUUGUACACACCCUCUGUCGUCUUUGUUCUGUGCAACGGUUCCUUGUUUUUUGUGCUCUCGGAAAAUUAUGGGAAAUGUUUGGCCUCGAGGACCAUCGUUCUGUAUUGAAUGGGGCUUUCCUUUUAAAUGAAAUAAAAUGUUUUCUGGGUGUGAGCCAGUCAUGUUUCCAAAA